GAGCGAGAGUUGUUGGUGUGGUGCACGCUUUUCUCCUUGCACAAAAGCCCCGGCAAAGAAAACUCUUGGAAAGCUCGGAGCAGGAGGAGCCGGGAGCCGGACGGCCACCGAUCUCGCUGUCCUGGCGCUGCAGUUGUGUGCCCCCUCGAACUGGAUACGUUGUUGCAACUGUGAAGGAACUAAAUCCGAUUUUGUAGGAGCCUUGUUUUUUUUUGUUCGUUUGUUGGUAGAGGGUCUCGUUUUCCUCCAACACCCCCUUCGCUCUCCCGAGCUGUUUUUUUUUUCCUUGGGGGUAGAGGGGGAUACACAAGGGGGAAAAAAAGUAAAGGAAUAUGAUUGCUUCGUGGUUGACUUUCGCCUUUCUUUGUGGAACUUUCUGUGCAGGGCCAGGUCAUGGGGAGGCAGAGACAAGGGAAUGCAUCUACUACAAUGCCAACUGGGAGCUGGAGAAGACCAAUCAGAGUGGUGUGGAACGCUGUGAAGGAGAGAAGGACAAACGUCUCCAUUGCUAUGCUUCUUGGAGAAACAACUCUGGCUCCAUUGAGUUGGUGAAGAAAGGCUGCUGGUUAGAUGACUUCAACUGCUAUGACAGGCAAGAAUGUGUAGCCACAGAAGAGAACCCUCAAGUGUUUUUCUGCUGCUGUGAGGGGAACUAUUGCAAUGAGAAAUUUACGCACUUACCUGAAGUAACUGGUCCAGAAGUAAUAUAUGAGCCACCACCACCAACACCCUCACUACUCAACAUUCUGGUUUACUCUCUGCUUCCAAUUGCUGUUCUGUCUAUGGCCAUUCUCUUGGCCUUCUGGAUGUACCGUCACCGAAAGCCCCCCUAUGGGCACGUUGACAUUAAUGAGGAUCCUGGUCCACCACCCCCUUCUCCAUUGGUUGGCCUUAAGCCGUUGCAAUUAUUGGAGAUCAAAGCAAGGGGGCGCUUUGGCUGUGUCUGGAAGGCUCAGCUGAUGAAUGACUAUGUAGCAGUGAAAAUCUUCCCCAUACAGGAUAAACAAUCCUGGCAGAGUGAGAGAGAAAUCUUCAACACGCCUGGCAUGAAGCACGAAAACCUUUUGCAGUUUAUUGCAGCAGAGAAGCGAGGAACAAACCUGGAGAUGGAGCUAUGGCUGAUCACAGCUUUCCAUGACAAGGGCUCUCUGACAGAUUACCUGAAGGGGAAUAUUAUCAGCUGGAAUGAACUCUGCCAUGUUGCAGAAACGAUGGCCCAUGGACUGUCCUACCUACACGAAGAUGUCCCCUGGUGCAAAGGGGAAGGACACAAACCUGCCAUAGCACACAGGGACUUCAAGAGUAAAAAUGUGUUGUUGAAGAAUGACUUGACAGCAGUUCUAGCUGACUUUGGACUGGCUGUACGGUUUGAGCCUGGAAAGCCUCCAGGGGACACCCAUGGACAGGUGGGAACAAGGAGGUACAUGGCUCCUGAGGUGUUAGAGGGGGCAAUCAACUUCCAGCGAGAUGCCUUCCUGAGAAUAGACAUGUAUGCAAUGGGACUAGUAUUGUGGGAGUUAAUCUCCAGGUGCACAGCAGCUGAUGGUCCAGUGGAUGAGUAUAUGCUGCCUUUUGAAGAGGAGAUAGGUCAGCAUCCAUCCCUUGAGGACCUGCAGGAAGUGGUGGUUCACAAAAAGAUGCGGCCUGCUUUCAAGGAUCACUGGCUGAAACACCCUGGUUUGGCACAGCUCUGUGUUACGAUUGAAGAAUGCUGGGACCACGAUGCAGAGGCUCGGCUUUCGGCAGGCUGUGUCGAGGAGCGCAUUUCUCAGAUCCGAAAAUCAGUAAACAGCACUACCUCGGACUGCCUCGUUUCCAUCGUGACGUCUGUCACCAAUGUGGACUUGCCACCCAAAGAGUCUAGUAUCUAAGUCCUGGUUCACUUUUGUCUUUCCAGACUCAGUGGAUUUAAAAAAAGUUUAAAAACCCAACAAACACAUGAAUGCAGCUGCUAUUUUAUCUUGACUUUUUAUUAUUAUUAUUAUUGUUGUUGUUAUUUUUUUUGGAUUGGAUCAAUUUUACCAGCACAUUGCUCUACUGUAUUAAAAAAAAAAAAAAAAAAAAGACAUCUCAGCAAGCAUUCAGGUGCCGACUAAUGAAUGCAGAAAAGGUGCAGGUACCUCAGAACCUCAACAAACUCACUUCAGUUGUGUUUUUUUUUUUUAAUUCAGUUUUCUGGGUUUCUCUUCAUCGGUCUGUCAUCAACACAGAGCAUCUCUGACAUAAAGGAAAACCACGUACCAUCUUAGAAAACGCAAUGCUGCAAACUUUGGAGGAAACUUAAGACUGUUACAUAAGAUUACACCUUCCUCAAAAGGAUUAUUUUCCCCUAUUUUCUUUUUUUUAGACAGUGAGCUUCAAAAAGAAACAAACAGCAGAUGUGUCUUUUACGGAUUUAACGGGUGUCAUUGUAACGGGAAAAAACACAAGAAGCUGGGAAGAGAAUGUUAACUCUUUGAUGGUAAAAUUAAAGGGGGGGUGUUUAGUAUAGGAGAAGGGGAGAGUGAUGUUGGACUUUGCAGUAUUUGGAGAAACAUCAUUUGCUAUGGAGCUACUUCUCAGGUAACCAGUUAAUGAGGGGAAGAACUUUUUUGAGGCAGAGUAUUUAUCAUCGCAGCAUAUCGAGAAAGUUGGGUCAAUGAGCCAAUGGGAUAAGCAAGGUACUAGUUCUUACUUCCCCCAGUAUCUCAGGCUUGGGUGUUAAAAGAACAAAACCAAACCAUAGGUAUAUAUAUAUUUUUAAAACUCCAGGUAAGAAUUGGAAAAAGUUGCUUUUAAGCAGUGUAAUUGAGAGAGAUAACAGCGUAUUCUCAGAAGCUCUCUGUAAAGUACUGGGAGAUUUGAAAGCAUUUUAUAUCUUGCUUUAAAUACAGUAGCAGUUCAGGGAAUAAGGCCUCAGGGCUGGAUAACUGCUUAGCCCAAGCUACCAGUGCAGGUGAUUAAAAAGAAGAAAAGUAUGAUUUCUGGCUCUGUAGAAAGGCCUUUUUUUAACUGGAGGGGAAAAAAUUACCUGGGCCAGUGGCAGGCAGACGCACCCAAGAAGCAUUUGAAUUGUACAAUUGCAGAAUAUAGGGAGGUAACAGAGCAGCAUUAGCAUUAACCAUAGAAUCUGUUAAACCAAUUUCUUUGACUCAGCUUUCUCUUUAUCUGUGACUAAACUCUUUUGUCUUAAAGUGGUGCAUAUUCUAAAAUACCGUUACUCUAGUAUGCCAUAAAACUUGCUCUAGUCAGUGAAUGUUCCUAAUGCUGCUGAUUCAACAUUUAAAUAUUUUUUUAAUUUGCAAAACAUGCAAUGUUUAAAAAACAAAACACACACACACACAAGACGUUACGUGGCUUCCGAGGUUUAAACUGAAAAAAAAAAAAAAAAUUAAAAAAACUUCAUGACCACAGACCACCUCAAACCAGAAAUACCUCAGAAUUUUCUACUUGUAUGAGUUUUAUUAUAUAUUUUGUUAGUUGUGUUGUCUUGUAGUAAGUCUAUUUUAAUGUAAGUUGGCUUUUAUGACAAGGGAGUUUUAAAAAAAGAAAAAAAAGAAAAAAAGUUCCAAAAUCUUUUAGGAAGUGCUACCAUUUUUUGUUUUAUAAAGCACCAUUGUAAAUAACUGUAUACAGUUGUAGAAUAACUGCCUAUAUAAGGUAUCUGGGCAUUAUUCACUCUUGUUUGUGAAGCUGUUUCCAUUUUGUGUUUGGUCUGUUUCAGUGAAAGGACAGUACAUCUUUUUAUUAAAUAAUUUUACUUUUUCUCAGAACAUAACAUCAAUACAAAAAUCAAUGUCUUGCUAGACUGAAAGUUAUCUUUCCUCCUUUGAUUGCCAGAACUUUUAAACUUUUAUUUGCUUUUAUACCAAAAUAUAGCCCUAAACAAAUGACCUUUUUAUGAUGUAAAAAUAUAUAUUAUAUAAACAAAUUGGGAUUUUUUUUUGUCACUGAUAAAAUAUCAACAGGGAAUCUUGGUCUAGGUGUAAAUUAUUAAGCAAACAAAAUUACCAACUGGAAAAAAUAGAUUAAAAUUAUUUUUCUCAAAAGCAUGGCUUUAAAAACCUGGAUAAAGUCCUUGAUAUUGGAGAGACAGUAAGGUAGUUGCCUUAACUUGUCUGUCUAAAUAAAAUCUUAAAUACUUCUUUCAAGUUAUUGAAUGUAUAUUUGCAUAUUAAUAUGUGCACACAUGUAAAUGUAUUUGUGUAUGUGGAUGUUUUUGAUUUUUAAUAUGAUCCUGUUCAGAAAACCUGGACAAAAACACAGGCAAAGUAAUAAAAUUCUGGCCUAGUUGAUGGUUAACAUCUUUGGCCCCAAUGCUACAAACGCCAGAGUGUUUAAAGUGAACCAUGCAAGUAGUUCUGUUGAAGUCAGUGGCAAUAUUCACAUACUUGAAGUUAAGCAUGUGCAUAAGUGUUUGCAGGAUUGGGGCCUUUCUUUUGCUCUGUGAAUACAUUUCUGCACUGAGAUUUAUGUACAUGUGGUUUAGUGUUUUGAAAAGGAGUGAUAUAAGCUUUGGGGUGGGAUUCUAGAUAAGACUUAAGAUUGAAUAAACUGUAGUUUUUUAGGUUUUUGCCUGAAAUGGGAUCCAGUCCAGAUUGUUAUGGAAAGUAAAAGCUGUACUGUCUUUUAACUAUUAUGAUCUUUGUGCUGUUCUGGAUUUUUUCCUUCACAAUUAUGUGUUCUGGAUAAAACAGGCUUAUUACAGCAGUUGCUUUAAAAAAAACACCAUGAUUUAUUUAAGAAGCUUUAAAGUAUUUAUUGAAAGUGCCAUAUGAUUUUCAAUAGCCUAUUAGACAUUCUUCCUCAACAGUCUCUUUUGAGGAAGAAUAAUCAAAAACUCUUUAACGUGUAGCUUAUUUUACUUCAGAGAACUGUAAGGACAUACCAACUUUGACCAAACACUGAUUGUGAGAUACUAGCAUCUUCUCUGGCUCUACAGUUCCUUAUAGAUCAUUGUCUGAACAUAACAUAGUAACUGGUAAGAGGGAGUUUCUGCAGGGCAUAUAUGUUCAGUUUCACAUUUAAAUGUGAUUGUGGGCUGAAUGUGUGUGUGCAUGCAUGUUAGUAUGUCAGAGAAGGAAGUCCUGAUGUCUUGUCCACAUACAAAUUUGCCCCAGUUUGAACAAAGGUGUACACGUUUAAGUUAAACUUGCAAGUUUUUCAUGUAGAUGCUUAGGUUCUCAUCAACUGCACAGGUUUCUAAAUACCAGCGAGUAGUUUCAUCACUGCUAAUCCAGCAUUUGAACGGUCAUUUUACAGUAUCCAUUGGAAUUUUGUUUAGUGUUGUAAAGACAUUUCCUAAGAUAGCAAUAAGGCACCUCCACAGGUGUAGCAGUUAUAAGCAAUUGCAACCAUUUCCCCUCAACACCUCUUUGAAUAUGAUUGACCAUUUAUUCUCAGUUUUGAAAAGCUAGUAAUCACUGCAUUUACAAACUUUAUGGCAGCCUAUUUAAAAUGUACUCUUAUUGUUGGGCAUCAUCACUCAAUUUGCAAUUCGUAGUUUAAUGUUAGUUUUAAACAUCCUGGGUGGCAAUUGUCAAUGGCAAAGUUCCCUUUGGCUUCAGGGGAGCCAGGAUUUCAUCAGCCUUUAUCUUAACUCAGGUUAUGAAUUUGUCACGUUGACUUUGUUAGUUAUCUGGCUGAUUAAAGUAUGAGUUCACAUUUUAAGCUGGGAAAUUCUACAGGAGCUGAAAUGGUCUAUACAGGAUAGAUCGGCUAAAACAAUGAUAAUAUCAGUGUAGCAGGGCUGGAAAUUAGUGGAUUGCAUGAAUGUUUAAAUAUAUGUGCAUUUUAUAAGGAAGGCUGUGAAUUAGUCCUUGAUAAGCAGCAUUUAAUUUAUUCAUGCUGAGUACAGAUUUUAUAUUGCCCUCAUCACCAGGUAAUCUCUAGCAACCUACCGAAGAAGUAAUCUAUUCAGUUUGUUGCCACCAACACAGCUGACUUGUUCUGUCAUCCCUUACAAGUCUCUUAUAUACUAUUCUGACACUCAUAUUUUAGAAAGUGAUUUUAAAAUUGUUUUAACUUCCUAGCAGAAGCCAGUGACAAUUUCCUACUAUACUAAAAAAAGACAAAGAAUAUGAAUAAUUUUGGGGGCUACAGUUGCAAUAGAACUAAGCAGCCACCCACAAAUCAGAUCAAGAUUUUGUAAAAUUAAUGAGGGCUGGUUUGUGAGUCCUUUCUUCAUAUUGCAGUCAGUGAGGUAAGGGUACCACUCAGUGUGAGCUAGGGCAUCACAAUCUAGAUCAGAAUAAGAAUUUUAAGACACACACUGUGGUUCUAGCACCUGUGUUCUUAGAGAGAGGCUUAAAAUUCCAUGAAACAAUCACUUCCUAAAAUGUUAUAGAACCUUCUAAGUGAUUACCAUCUAAAACAUAGAGUUUGUUGUUGUGUUACUGAUACCACAGAUUGUUGGCUAAGUAUGAAUGAAAUUUUAAUGUAAAUGAUUUUUUUAAAUUAAACCCAUCCUGGGUGAAAGUCAACUACUAAUUCCUCCUGCAGUUUCGUUAUGCUCUUGAAUAGUUUAUUUAAAAAAUAUAAACAUGCUACCACUCACACCUUAAGUAAGCCCAAUUCUCACUGUAGAAGUACUAAACAACUCCCUAUAUUAAAUCAUAGUAGUAAUUUGCCACCCAAUCCUGCUCUCUAUAGUCAGGCAAAACUCCCACUGAGGUCAGUGAGAGUGUUUGAGUGUAGGAGGUGGCCCUCACUGUAUUUGUUAUGUCUAUGAAUAAGAAUUUUUAAUGGUCAAGAGCAUCUCUCCAUAUUUUGAGUUCCUGGAAUCAUUGGUUAAUCUAAGAUGCUUUAAUUUCCAAAGAUGAGUAUAAAACCCACUUGCAUUCAGUCCCAAGUUGUGGUGUUUGAGAUCAGUGAAGGAGGAUACAGACCAAAAUUGGAAAGGGUUUUUUUGUUUGUUGUUUUUUAAAAAGCCGUACAGGUUUGGACCUUUGUGUCUCCAUAGAGUCAUUUUUAUUAAGGUAUGAGAUGCAGUGUCUUAGACUUCUCUCAUACUUGUAAGGUGAAAUUCUGCUCCUCUCCCUGCCCCCACAAAAAGUAUUAGAUAAGAAUUACACCUGUGGAAAUGCCAAGUGCGCAUGCUCGAUCUCUCGCUCUGAGUUUCAGGGGCAAGAUGCAGCAAAUGUUCCUUCCCAUUUCUCUGAUUAUCAAGUUACAUUUCACCCGGUACUGAGGUCUCAGUCCUGUUCCCAUUGAAGUCACUGACUGAUCCUGGAAGUUCAUUGGAUGCAGAAUUCCUGCUGGGAAUUCCCAUGUGCAGACUUUGUAGGAUAAAGGCCCUUACCAGGAGUAGUGAUUUCUCCUCUAACAUCAUCUAAACAGAAAAACCCAUACCGGUAUUUAAUUCUAAUAGCACUACCUUCUAGACAAACUGUCAAGAGGUUUACCCAGCUUUCCGGCAGAAAGAACUAAUCUCUUGUUCUGAAAGUAAGAAAUUUAAAUUGUAGAAGUUACUGCUUGAUACCAUUGUGAGCAUGCAGAUGUUGCAGUCCUGUCCAAGUAGUACUUUGGUUGAGAAGUUACUAAGUAAGACGCACCCCCGGCUAUAUCACUUUUGCAUAUAGAAUAUUGUUUGGUAACAUUGUAAAUAAAAAGUAGACUAUAUAAUGAGAGGGAAAUAAAAACAUUUUAACUUUUUUACUUUUGAAAAAAUAUAUAUUUUUAGUUACAUAUACAAGCAAAAAUUCUACAUUGUGUGACUAUUCUUUUAUACCACAAAUUAUUUUUGUAAAAUGUAAUAUGUUUCUGCAGGGAAAAGGGAGAAAAGUUUUGUGUAACCACAGUAAAAUAUAUAUAUAAUUUUUAAUCUAACUCUGCGCUACAUCAAAGUAUAGAGGAUGGAACAAUUUAAUCUGAAACCAAUUUAACAAGCAGGUUGGAAGUACAUGGACAUGUUUUGGGGACCGCACUGUACAUUUUCAAUUGGUUAUCUUGCAAGUUUCAUCCCUUCUGCAAAAGAGGCUUGUUGCUUUUGUAUGGCCAUCUUAGAUUUAACCAAGAAGGCUGUUUUCACAUAUCCAUGUGUGAUCAGUGUGCUGUCAUGCAUGUGCUGUGAUGCUACAGUGGAUUGUGAAAUCAGCAUGUUAAGAAAUUUCAAAGACCAAAUACUUGGGUUGACUUUACUCACUGACAUGUCCAUUUAUAGCAGCUGCUUCUGAUGCAUGGAUGAUAUGAUCUCUAAGGAACUGUUGCCAGCAGAAACCCAAUAAAACAAAUUUCUAGAAAUCCCUUCCUUUCGAAGUGGAGAUGUCAACCAGGUCAGGCUUUUCCAGGAUAUUGAGACAAGUGCUCUGUUUUUCAGAAGUUGGAUUUCACUGGCAAUGUAAGGGAUGCUUUUUCUCGUGUUCUUUUAAAAAGCACUGGUGGGAGGGACACUGCCAGGUUAAAAAUCCUAUAAAUUUCCUAAUCUGUGUUACUAAUCAAAGGUGUUCUUGAAUUUAAAAAAAAAAAACUAAAAUUUACUUACGUUGGCUGUUCACUUUUUAUAUUUAAUUUAGCUUGGACAGUAUAAACAGAGUGGACAGUAUUGCUUUACCGCCAGUUUUGCUUUCUGGGUCUCAUGCACUACUGAUGCCACAAUGUCCACAUUGCAGUAAACAUCUUUAAUCCAAACCAAUUGUUUUCACUGAAACUACAACAAUUCUAUGGGGCCUAGCUGACCUGACAGUGUCCCUUUUAAAAUCAACUCUUGAAAGACUUUGAGCAGUUCCUGUCUUUGGUAAUUGCAGUUCCUACUUCUGUAUUAGUCUUCUGAGCCCUGGUUUACACGUAAAAAUUACAUUAACCUAAGUAUGCCACUUGGGGCUGUGAACAUUUUUGCUCUCUGAGUACUGUAGUUAGGUUGACCUAAUCCCUGGUGUAGACACCUACAUUGACAGAAGAAGUCUUUUGUCGCCCUAUCUACCGGCUCUUGGUGAGAUGGAUUAAGUACAUGAUAGAAGACCCCUUCUGUCAGUAUAGGCAGUAUCUACACUAAGAGGCACAAGCGGCAUAGCUGCAGCAGUGUAGACAUGCCCUGAGUAAAAUCUUGGCCCUGUUGAAUUGACUUCAGUUGAACCAAGGUAGAUAAAUGUGUUCCUGGAGCACCUUUAAAAAGUGCCUGGUCAAUAAUACAUGGAACUUAUUGUUCCCUAAAACUUCUGAUUUAGGUUAAAAUUCUGCUCCGAUAACUGAAGUAAUAAUCCACGAAGUAAGUAGUAAUCCUCAAUUCCACUGAAAGCUCGUACUUCUGUUAUGUCCAUUCAGUUCUGAAAUGUAACACUAUUCUGUUGUGCCUUUGUUUUUAACGUGUAAAAGCAACUGCUGUAAUUUUUAACUUGUUUUUUUCUGUCUGAAAAAGAACCCACUUUUCAUUGCCCAGCUGUUAUUUCUGGAUGCAGUCUGUGAUCCAGGUAUUUCAAGAACCAAUUACCUCAAACCUCAUACAGUGUUGCUAUCUGGAUUCUCCUUGAUACUACAAUAUUGUAACAUACACAAACAGGAACCCUGCUACAUAUGGGUGUUUUUAUAUAUAUAAUAUAUAUAAAUGAAAAAGAUCCCCAAGGACUGAAGAAAAGCAAACUUUUUCGUUUUCCAAUAUUGAAACCAAAAGGGCUUCUAUAAAGCUCUCUAAUGGCAUUGUGCUGGAUAUAUAUCAAGAGGGUGUUAUCAGAAAAGUGCUUCCUUUAUUAAUCUUCUAAUUUCUACGAUUUUCAGUAUUUCAUUGGGACAGAUGAUGUGAUUAAAAUGCUGUUCCUGCAUUUGUUUUUGCCUUUUCUGAAGCAGAGGGCUCAGUGACAUUUCCAGUUGUUAAAAACUCAGUGUAGAACAUUCCGAUAAGAUUAGUGCUGUAAAACUAUAGUAUACCACAGUGCAUUCUGGGAAGACUUCUGUAGAUUUUGUUUCUGUAAAAAGGAAAGCAGCGGCUGUAGCUUGUUCAACUUUCUCUACUAUUCCAAUGAACUAAAGCUUAACCAGUGACCAUCACAGAGUCGUUUUGAAAUCCUAACUGAGUAGUAGUUAGUGGUCUUUCUAGGCGGCAAAUUUACCCUCUAACUUAUAAAAAGAUGGCUAGGUGGUAAGGGUUUAGGAUGUCCAUGGUGUGUAAUAGCCAAAACAACUUUCUCUGGAUAACAGAGGGCGUCUUGAUGGAGCCCUAUAAUAUGAAUGGACUUUACCUUUUCAUUUCCCUGGAGUUUUUUUAAUACAAUCAGCUUCAUCGCUAACAGAGUAUUCCAUAACAGUGUCUGGUUGAAGGGAAUUGCAGCCCUACCAGUUUUUCCUGAUGGAAAAAUCUAUAAUGUUCUCAGUGGUCAUGUUUUUGGGAAAUGUGGAUUAAAAUUUGUUUUAAUUUUAGCCAGAUACCUGAUACACCAGUAUAGUUUGCAAUUUAUCUAUAUGAAAUAGUAACAUUCAUAUCCAAACAUUAAGUAAUUUAAAGGGAGGAAGGUGAUCCAUGACUACUUUUUUUUUUUUUUUUUUAAGCAUCAGUGUUAGUGUAAGUGUUAAGUGUGUGUGUGGCUAUUGAUGGUUACAGGGAAUCCUUGGUACACCUUUUACAAAGUAUUAAAAUCUCCCAGAAGAUACUUUUUAGAACACUGAUGGCCUUUCCAUGCAAUUAUGUAAUGGGGCAAAAACAGCUGUUUGGUCCUUCAGAAUUUAAGGAGGUGGUUACUGCAAUGGUUACUGCUAGUCUAUGCUAGAGUUGCUACAGUGGCGCAGCUGUACCGAUGCCGCUGUAGCGCUGCUAGUGCCUAUGCUCUAUGAUGACGGGAGAGAGCUCUCCCAUCAGUAUAAAUUACUCCAUCUCCCCGAGCAGUGGUAGCUAGGUCGGCAGUAGAGCUUCUCCCGCCGACAUAGCACUGUCCAUACCAACGCUUAGGUCAGUGUAACUUACGUUGCUCAGAGGAGAUGGGGGGGGGGGACUUUUCCACACCCCUGAGCGAUUUAAAUUAUACUGAAGUAAGUGCUAAUGUGUACAAGCCCUGAGUAACGUGCUUCUUGAUCUUAAUUCUAUGCCAUAAAUCCGCACAAUGCCAUUGUCAAUCUGUUCGAAAUAUCUGCUUAUGAAUUCUGCAUGAUCCUCAUGAUAGAGUUGAAGGCUUAAUCUUUCACCUGUUAAUAUUUUUUCACAUUUCUGUGAAAUUUGACUAAUUUUAUACUGUAAAGUUGACUUGACUUACGUACAGUUUGAUGUCAAUUCUUGUGGAAAGAGCUUUCUGCAUGUAACUUUAGACACAUACAGUUAAACAACACAGCAUAGUACAAAACUGAAAAUGUUUUGGCACCAGCAGAAAGAAAUUUCACCCGAACCAUUUGUCAUUUUAAACUGUCAUAUUAUCAGUUUUACCAGCUACUUCUAAAUUUGUGCGUUAAUAAAAAAAAAAAAAUAAUAAAGAAUCCUAAGACUUGUCUAGCUUAGUGAAAAAUGUGUAUAUCAGUUUUAGGAUGGAUAGCUAAGUCUUAUUACGCUGUGUUACUUAACUUGUAUAUAUAUAGAAUAUACAUAAGAGUUUGCAGUAACCUGUUUCUCCAGGAUUUCGUUUGAAUGAUUUAAUAAACUCUGACGAUGAGAUUAAGUAAAUGAUUUAGAAGACUGCAGAAGUAAACUGAGUGUAAAUCACAGGAAGCUCUAUCAGAUGGUGAAAUAAUUUUUAAAGAUUCUUUUGGUCCUUGGCUCAAAAUACUGUUUGUCUACCAGGAUAUGUGAAAUGUAAAUGUUGUAGGUUAUAUUUCACUCUUGUAGCUAUUAAAAAUGUAGACCAGAGCUAGCUUGUACUACUGAGUUAACAAAAGUUAUACUGAAGUAUCCUGUUAAAGAAAAAAAGUAUACGGAGUUAAGCUCGUUGCUGUAACCCCUUUUGGAUUGAAGUGUGCUGAUUUUUUAUAUAUAUUAUAUGUAUCUAUCUAUCUGUAUCGAUAGAUAGGUAGAUAUAUACACAUAUAAAAUGGCCUAAAGCAGACAUCCAUUGUAUUGCAGUUAUGAAAUGAAGAUGUUUUGGAAAGAAAAUUGUAUCAUAGUUCAUACAUUUGCAGUGGAUCUUUGUUCCUUUUUACUGUGGUAUUUUAGAAAUGAGUCUCAAGAUUGAAAUUAGAUCUGCCAAGUUGGGGUUUUGCUGCUUCAGCUUUGCACUGGGUGCCCGAAUAAACCAGUAUGAAUGUAGUGUUUGCCCUGUGGGAAGCAGCUACACCCCAACAAAUAGGAGGAAAAAAACUAGAAAGAACUAUUUCAAGUUUAUCUUUUUGUAUAUGAAAAUAAACAAUAAAUUACAAAUAUUAA